CGGUGGGGGGCCCACGUGGGCCAACAUUUCCAAGCCGCCCCUGCCAGAAAAACUUUCCGCAAGCCCGCGACUUCCUCUUCCAGCGAUAACUCGAAAUGAGUCACAGUUUCGCGUCGCAGCCGCGUUAUUGAAGUCUUAUCUUGGAACAAUCAUCGAAGAUAAUACCGUCUGCGAUAAAUGAUCGAGACGAGAAUGAAAAGAACCAUUAGCUAAUUUCGCGCGAGUGAGCGGAUUCGCGUAUUGUGCAAACGACUUCGCCAGUGUACACAUGCGUCCGCUUUUUCCCGAAAACCGCUGAGACUAGCUGGCCGAAAAAUGGACACCGUUGGAGGUAGCUGCUACAGUUUGAACCUCCAAGAAAAUGAAAGGAGAAUCCGCGAGGAACGAGAGCGCGAAAACAAAUUCAACGAAACCUUGGGUAGUGCCGGCUCGCUUAGUCGCUAUGAGAGCAAAAGGUUCAAGACACUCCUCCCCCAGAUGAUGGCGUCCGCCAUUUCCGCUCUCUUCCACGUCGUCGUAGGAAUCUCACUAGCGUACUCCGCCAUCCUCUUGCCCCAGCUCGAGGAAGAAAGCUCCGAUCUCAAAAUCACCAAAGCUCAAGGCUCAUGGAUAGCCAGUGUGAUCACGAUCACGAUCCCCGUCAGCGGGAUGACGUGUGGGUUCUUGAUGGACGGCAUGGGUCGCUUGAAUACCAUCAAACUGGCCAUGAUACCAGCGGUCGUGGGGUGGAUUAUCAUAGCGACGUCGAAAAGCGUGAUGAUGAUGAUCAUCGGGAGGAUAAUCACGGGGUUUGCGGCUGCCUGGGGCACCAGCCCCGCUAUGGUCUACAUCACGGAAAUCGCUAGAGCGGAUAUGCGAGGCUCGCUCAUGUCCUUUGCCCCAGCGUACACCUCCCUGGGGGUAGUUCUGGCGUACUUCCAAGGGUGGAUGUUGCAUUGGAGGACGGUGGCAUGGGUGUGUAACGUCUACGCAGUGGUGCCCUUCGUCCUGGUCAUGUUCAUCCCGGAAAGCCCGGCCUGGUUGGUCAGUAAAGGCAGGAACGACCAGGCCAAAAAGUCCUUGAACUGGUUCAACAAGUACCAGCCGCAACCCCAGAACAAAACCCAAACUUUCGCGCAGCUGCAGUUCGAGUACCUCUUGAAAGAACACGAAGAUAAAGAAAAACUCCGGAUGAAAGGAGGCAUGGCGGAGAGGGCCAAAGAGUUCUUGAAACCCACGGGGUACAAGCCGCUGCUGAUCCUCCUGGGAUUGUUCGUCUUCCAGCAGUUUUCAGGCAUUUAUAUUACCUUGUUUUAUUCCAUCACUUUCUUCCAGGAGGUGCACAGCGGCAUGGACCCCUACUUCGUGUCCAUCCUCAUCGGGGGAGUUCGCUUCUUCAUGUCCAUCGUUAACACCUACAUGCUGAAGACUUUUUGUCGAAGAACCCUGAUUAUCUAUGGGUCAGCCGCGAUGGCCGUUUGCAUGUUCGUCUCUGGGCUGUACACCCACUGGAUCAAAGAAGGUGUCACCACUCUCACCUGGGUCCCCGUGCUGGCUAUCCUCCUCUACGUGGUCACCUCCAUGGUGAGCCUCCUAUCCAUCCCCUGGACCAUGACCGCCGAACUCUUCCCCAUCGAGAUCCGAGGAGUUGCCCACAGCAUAGUGUACAGUUCCGCCUACCUCAUCAUGUUCUUGUCCAUCCAGAGCUACAACACCUUGAAGGACACGUUCAAAGGAGUCGCGGGACUGCAGUGGUUCUUCGCCGUGACGUCACUAGCCGGGCUGGUCUACGCGUACAUUUUGCUCCCCGAGGCGCACGGAGUGAAGCUAGCAGACAUACAGGAGUACUUCAAGUACAAUAAUGUUUAUAUCGGGGGGAUUAACACCAAGGAGAGUGCGCUCAAGAAGGCGGACAGAAUGGAGAAAGAACAAAUGGAGGAGUUGGUGAAUCGGGUUUGAUUUUUUGUUGUUUUGUUUGGAAUGAUGAGUCAGGUUGUAAGACUGGUGUAGAUGUAGGUUAUUUGUUGUAAAAUAAUUGUAUGACAAUUUACUAGUCGUAAGUAAAAUAAAUUAAUUUUUAUUAUA